AUGAGUAAGAGCAGAAGCAAGAAAUCAUACAAUGAUGUAUUGGCAUUCACUAAUCCCAAAAUUCCCUCUGAAGUUGAAGAUGAAAUUCUUACUGAAUUUGCCAAUUACAGCAUCGAGCACGAUAUGACCGUUAGGAAUUUGGAUUCGUUCUUUGGAGACUUGCAGAUGCCCAAAGAUUUGACUAAAAUGGUGAAUCGCCCGAGUUUGUGUAUCGAAGGCACGGAUUUCAUCGACUUUGACAAGCUUUUAAAGCAGACAUACCAUUUGUUGGUGUAUAUGGAUAACUUAACAGUAAUUGAUACACAAUGGGAAAUGUUGGUGCAUACCUCUGGAAGAGAUACUCAGUUUCCUAGUGUAAGUUUACGAAACCACGUACUAAGUAUCAAAGACCUGCAGAAGGUUGCUAAUAGCAUAAACAUGGAUUCUCAUCAUUUGGUAGAAAUGAUGAGCUGCGCGACACAGGGUCAGAGAGUUUAUAUCACAUGGAUGGAUUUUGCAUACUUAUUGGGUCGUUUGGGCCAAUUAACGUACUAA